AUGUCUGACCUCACAAGUGUUGGUGUACAUACUGCCCAAGCUGCAGAAUCUGUACAGCGCGGCAUGCUUGCUCUUUUCGAGGUUAUACAAGCUAGUGGGCGCACAGGUAAACACGCGAAAAAGCUUUACCGUCGAUUGCUUUCCGUCGAAGGGUUCCCUGGCCCACAUUUAUAUAACGAUGGCAAUUCUGAGCACCUAAGAUACAUGCUGCAGGUUUUGAAUUCUUUCAAAGAGUGGACAAACCACUCGUUGUCACACUAUUUGCACGAAUCGGACUCGGGCGAUUUUGAUAUCUCCGAGAAAUGGAAUUGA